UUCACGCUUGCCACAAGCAGUCACAGCGCGACUUCGAGGAGGGACAUGUCCAGACAGUCAAGUAGCAUGCAAUCGCCGUAUUCUUACUCGCACCAGCAUCAGCUAUCACGCUCAGCUUAUCCUACAUUUCUCUCUUUACAGGAAACGAUCAAGCUGCAAUUGACAUGGGCAUCCAGGGGUAUCCUUGAAGCCUUUCGGUGGGAUGUUGUUGUGAAGACUGCUACAAGCGAUCGUGAAAUUCGUUCAAAUAUUCUCAAGUCCUUACUACUCAAUUCGUUGUCCUUGACCUCUAUCUACGCGUUCGACUUGCUUCUACAACCUCUCGUGCAUAACCACCCAAGCUGGCUUCACCGCAAUGUUGGAUGGUUUUAUCGCGUCCUUUGGCUGUUCCCAGUUGUCGGAGUAUCUUACUAUCUUAAUAGUUCCUGGUGCAAUCUUAUCGCGAAACGGUCCUUUGUUCUUCAGCACGGAAACCGUGCAGCACAUCAGCAGCCAGUUACUUAUCACGGUAUGCUGACCAUGCUCGCGACGUCUGCAUACCGUGCUGUAAUGAUUCUUACUUCUGUCAUCGUGUCGUUGGCUUUGGGAUCAAUACCAUUUGUUGGAUCGUGGAUUAGUUUUGCAUUCAUGUGCUGGGUUAAUGCAUAUUAUUGCUUUGAGUUUGUCUGGGUGGCGCGUAAUUCGUCCUUGGCCCAAAGAGUGCGUUAUCUAGAAGAACGAUGGGCAUACUACUUCGCAUUUGGUUUUCCAUCCGCUGUGAUCUGCACGUGCGGAAGUGGACUGGCGAAUGCUGCAUUUUUCGCACUCAUGUUCCCUGCCUUCAUCAUCAUGGCCAUGCAUGCACGGCCCGUUCCGCAGGAUCCUUACAAUCCUGCACCCUCUACGGAGUCUACAAACACCGUGCGGUUUCCCUCGCCCCUUGUUCCCAUUAGGAUGCCGGUCUUUACAAUCGUCAUUUGGCUGAAUGAUCUCAUCGUCAGAGUGCUGAGUGUGGGUGGCAGCGCCGGUGUUCGACACCGGAGAACGACAAGUGACACUACCGAACAGGCAGAAGAAGGGACAGGUAUCGAAUUAAGGAACAUCAGUCGUACAGUGAGAGGGCCUCCCCCCGCUGUUCAAGCAAGGAGCCUCGGAGACAGACUACCGAGUAAUGGAAAGGCGCCUAUCUCUGGGAGGCGAAAGAAGGAUUGACGGAUUUUAUGGCGCCAUGGUCAUGAUCUUACAGGCAACUUCGACUCAUAUGUCAAUAGCUCAUAUCGUACGCAACUUUCACGAUCCUAU